AUGUCUUACAUAGAACAAAAUGAUAUGGAUUACAACGAUGUUUCUUUGGAGCAUAAAACGACCCCGGAGGACAUUGCAGCGGAGACGGACGACGAGUGCACGUCGUCCAGCUUCGACGGCGGCGACGUUCAGGACCACUUGUUCCGGCAUCACGUGGACGACGACGACGAGCUCAGACUCGACCGGUUGAGGACGACGCUGAUCGACUUCACGGUGAACUGUUUGCUCGAACAGCCGUGCGACCUGAUCGACUACGGGAUCGAGUUCUUCGACGAACUGAAGAGCGCUCAAUGUACGGUCGGCCUUAUGGACUACGGUACGUGUGACGCGGACGACAAAGUAGCGGACGACGGCGAAGCGGACCACGGCGUGUCGGAGCACGGCGCGUCGGACGACGACGACGACGACGACGACGGAGAUCCGAUGUCGGUUUGCAGGCGCCCGGCCGUGUUGGGGGAACUGCUCGACCCGGACGUGCCGGGAUGCUACGACCGGGCGGCCGGACUCGCGGUCAAGUCGGACUCGCAGCGGCGGAUGCUGUUGGCCAACGUAUCGGAGGUGUUCGUGUUCGGCGCGCUGGACGUGGACGUGAUGAACUUGGUGAUCGACGCCAUGCAAGAGCGGUGCGUGCGCAACGGCGACGUGAUCAUCAGGCAGGGCAACGGCUGCAACCGGUUCUACGUGGUGGAAGCGGGCGUGUUCGGAGAGAGCGCGGCGGACGCGGACAGCAGCGGCGGUCAACGUCGGUCGCGCACGUACAGCCCCGGCGACAGCUUCGGCGAGCUGGCGCUGCUGUACGACGAGCCGUGCGACGCGACCGUCGUGGCCCUGUCGAACGGCCUGCUAUGGACCCUGGACCGGAACUCGUUCAGGCUAGUCUCGUCGCUCGUGUCCUCCGAAUAUCGUUGUGCUCUCGGCGCUCGGAACCGUUUGAAUUUAUCGUUACCGGUUCUCAGAGCAAUAAAUUAA